GCGCUGUCAUAGGCAGCGGCUCCAGACGGCUCGCGCUCAUCGUAUCCAACAUGGCGCAGGGAGAAGUGGUUCCGCCGCAGCCUCUCGCUUUUCAGCCGUAUUUGGAGUCUCUCCUGGCGGAGCUGCGGGCUCAGGAGCCGGCCGUCGUGCUCGGGGUGGCGGUCGCCGUCGUCGUGGUCAUUCUGACCAUAGUGUUUCUACACGCUUUCCUGGGCAAGAAGUCCACGAGGAGUGCGGUGCUGCUGAUCGGACUGUGUGACUCCGGGAAAACGCUCCUCUUCAGCAGGCUUCUGUGUGGAAAGUACAAGAGAACUCAGACGUCCAUCACGGAGAGUAGCGCCCUGUACAGGACGAAGGGUGACAGGGGAACUGCGUGGACUCUCUGUGACCUCCCCGGCCAUGAAAGCCUGCGUCCACAGUACAUUGAAAAGUUUAAAUUGGCGGCACGGGCCAUUGUGUUUGUGGUGGACAGUGCCAUCUUCCAGAAGGAGGUGCGUGAUGUGGCGGAGCUGCUGUACUCCCUGCUGACGGACACUGUGGUGGUGAAGAACGCUCCCGCGCUGCUGGUGGCUUGCAACAAGCAGGACGUCACCAUGGCAAAGUCAGCCAAACUGAUUCAGCAGCAGCUGGAGAAGGAGCUGAACACCCUUCGAGUGACGCGUUCCGCAGCUCUGAGUGCCCAGGAUGGGUCACCGGGGGGCACCACUGUCCACCUGGGCAAGAAGGGCAAGGACUUUGAGUUCUCUCAGUUGCCCAUGCGGAUGGAGUUUGUGGAGUGCAGUGCUCGUGGCAACAAGGGCGAGGAGGGCGAUGCUGACAUUGCGGACCUGGAGACGUGUCUGGCCAAGCUGGCCUGACGGGAGGGGCAGUGUGUCGAACUUGAGUUACAGCACCUCAAGGUGUUUGUGGGUCGCACAUGCUCAGUGUGUAGGUAACAUUGGAAACUGAUGAAAAAGGCUGUAAAACAUGGAAGUGUUUCCUCAGAAAAGGCAUUUUUUCUUUUUAAUUUUAAUGGCAAGCAGACACACUGACUCUGUCUGUGUGAGAGGAUGUCUGGUAUUUGAAUAUUUUACCCUGAACAGGCUACGUAUCUUUAAUGUGAUGCAACUUGCUGUAAAUGUUGUUAUUCAUAGUUGCUGAGUCCAAACAGGAGCUUUAAUAAACAUGUACCAUGCAGUAAAUUCUGAAUGUUGUUACUUUAAGAACAGCUGCCAGUUCUAAGAACAGACGUAUAAUUAAAAGUAUGAAGCUGUUACAAAUAGGAAUAACAUUUCAGAUUGUGUGCUGCUGUAUGAUUGCUGUGAGGGAUUGUGUUCAAUACCCACUGACACACACAACUCAAGUGUCAAUGGGGGGGUGGGGGUGGUUCGUGUUCUCCUGUUGAAAAGUAUUAUCAGAAUGUGUUCAUCUGGAUGUUCUUCAGGGUGCACCUGGCACUGAGAGCCUUAACUGCGCUGCUUCUGCCACUGUGUGAGUGCAGUUUUGUCUGAAUACAAUUUAAAGGUUUUUCUCAUCGAUUUUAAAGUCUGAUUCAUUCCUUGUCCUUCAGUAUUUCUACAGAAACUGUCACUUGUUGCUCCUAUUAUACGGUAGAAAUCUGAUCGUAUGAAAAGGGGUCUAACGGAUAUGCAGCAGAGCUAGCUGUAAAGGGUGUAAAUGUGCUGCUCUUCAUCUGUUUGUAAACUGCACUUUGACUAUUAAAAUGCUGUUCUUGCAACAGA